AGUCACAGUCCAAGUCGGCCGAGGCCAGUGUGGCUCGGUCCAUAAUAUCAGCACCAUGCCCAUGACACUUGGUUACUGGGACAUCCGCGGGCUGGCCCACGCCAUCCGCCUGCUCCUGGAAUACACAGACACAAGCUAUGAGGAGAAGAGAUACACGAUGGGGGACGCUCCUGACUAUGACAGAAGCCAGUGGCUGAAUGAGAAGUUCAAGCUGGGCCUGGACUUCCCCAAUCUGCCCUACUUGAUUGAUGGAGCUCACAAGAUCACCCAGAGCAAUGCCAUCCUGCGCUACAUUGCCCGCAAGCACAACCUGUGUGGGGAGACAGAGGAGGAGAAGAUUCGAGUGGACAUUUUGGAGAACCAGGCUAUGGAUGUCUCCAAUCAGCUAGCCAGAGUCUGCUACAGCCCAGACUUUGAGAAACUGAAGCUAGAGUACUUGGAGCAACUCCCUGGAAUGAUGAAGCUCUUCUCAGAGUUCCUGGGGAAGCAGCCAUGGUUUGUUGGUGACAAGAUCACCUUUGUGGAUUUCCUGGCUUAUGAUAUCCUUGACUUGCACCGUAUAUUUGACCCCAAAUGCUUGGACACAUUUCCAAACCUGAAGGACUUCAUUUCUCGCUUUGAGGGCUUGAAGAAAAUCUCUGCCUACAUGAAGAGCAGCCGCUUUCUCCCAACACCUUUGUAUACAAAGGUGGCCACAUGGGGCAAUAAGUAGAGCUUUGAAAGGAUAGUGAGAAGUCCAUUUUGUCCCUGCCUGGGACUCUGGGAAACAGCUGGACCCCUGCAGCCCUAGCCCAAAACAGAUGAUAGCCAUCCAUGGAGGCAUGGGGCAGGAGCUCAGCAUUCUUAGAUCACAGCCAUACAUAGUCAAAGCACUCAUUGUUGGUACCAGUAAGUCUUGAUUGUAAUGUCUUUUACAUUGUUUAUUUUCUGCCUUUAAAUGGAUUGAUAAUGUUGGGAAAUAAACUUGACUAAUGUUAAACAUUUUAACAGCGGUUAAAGGAGCUGGAGCCUGACUGGCUUGAGCAAAGAAUGAGUAGUCACAAAUGUGUCCCCAAAUCAUGACUGUGGUGCCAGAAUACACUGACCAGCAAGUAGCUUGUAUUGGACUUUUGCCACCACUAGCCUUGUGAACUCUAGAAGACCCUAUGGUCACUCUCACCCAGACUAGGCAGGGAACACCUCAUUAUCCUAGUGGCCCAGCAGAAGACUUGUGAUUGGUGCAAACAAAACCCUUCAUUUGCAUGAAGGAAUUCAAUGAUUGGUGUAGACUCUUGGCAAGUCCUGUUUCUUACUGUGUCAGCAGGCUGUGUGGCUUACUUUGUGCACAUCAUGAGAAAUCCUCUUUGCUUUUCCUUGUUAUUACAAUAUAAGGCCCAAAUAAAGAGUGAUUUUCUUUGCCUA